UUUGACAAGGUUGAUCAACAUUUGGAAAAUUUCAAAAUGUGACACAGUCAGGGUUCAUCAGGCCAGUGAAAGAGUAGAACAAAUAAAUUUAAAAGAUCACAAUAAUUAGGGUACUUGGAUCCCCGCUGAGUCACAUUCUGGAAAAUUUCCUUCACCGUUGCUCUUGCCUCACUUUGUUUGUUUAUUUGCUUUGAAGAUUCAUCAUCAUGACCAGAUAUCUGAUCAUCCACUGUUGUGAGGUUCCCAUACUCACUUGCUCCUUUUGGCAGAUCAAAUAAAUGUUGCCUUGAAAUAUGUAGAUCUAACUCUGAAAUCUGGCUAUAUGUUGUUGAUGGAAGUAUUCUCUGAAUGUAUACAAAGUUGUGUUAAGAAAGGCAAGUUGGACACAUUGGUGUUGAUAAUUGAGAGGUGCAAGGCAAUGGAUCAAAAUAUUGCUCUUUGUCCACCGUGGAGUGUAUGCAACUACAUUGUUGAAAUUGCGAUGCAAGAUGACAAUAGCAAAUUAGCAUUUUAUGCAUUGGAAUUUAUGGUGAAAUGGAUUGCUAGAGGCGAGAUGGCAAGGCCUCCUGUUCAUCUUUCCAUGGAUGAAGGGCUGGUUUUAUCGACACUUGGAAUUGCUGGAAGAACAUUUAGUUCUACUCUCCUAGAUGCUUCUUGGGCAAUCGUGCGACGGUCUUUACGGCAACAGAAUACACCUAGUCCAGCUUCGUACAUAUGCUCUUCCCUAGCUGGGCAAUUUACAGAGGGCCUUUAGUACGUUGCAUGAGGUUGAGACUGCCUAUGGAAAUCUUUAGGAGCAAGCUGAAGAUCUUUUCUCUCCAUUUACAUCUCUAAAUCCAUUGGUGGUUGCAUGCAAUUAUGAGUCCAAAAGUUUUCAUCCACUAGGUGUCCAUGCCAUGUUUGUGUUCAUUGAAAUCCUAGAUUUAACCUAACCAUUCUAAAAAAGGAAAAACCACAAUCAAUGUAUUGAAAGUGUGCAAUAAAGUAAAAUCGAAAUAAAAGUGCACAAACAGCAACCUAGCAUCGUCUCUAAAAGAAAAAGCAAUAAAAAAAUCCCUAUGGUAAAGCU